AUGACCUCCAAACCUCCCGAGCCUUUUAAUCCGAAUCAGACGAAAGGCUCAAUGAUUCAAGUAGAUGAGACAAAUUUAUUACGUGACAUGUCGCACUUGACAUUUGAUGACGUUAUAGAGGAAGAAAUGUUUUUGGAUUACUAUACAACAAGAGAAUUACCACUUCAUGCUUGUGCAUAUUGUGGUUUACAUGAUCCAGCAUCUGUUGUAAAAUGUGUUACUUCAGACAAAUGGUUUUGUAAUUCACGUGGUAAUACAAGUGGAUCACAUAUUAUCCAACAUCUUGUACGAAGUAAGAAUAAGGAAGUGUCAUUACAUCCAGAAUCACCAUUAGGUGAAACAGUUCUCGAGUGUUAUAAUUGUGGUUGUCGGAAUGCGUUUCUAUUGGGUUUUAUACCAGCAAAACAAGAUUCCGUUGUAGUCUUAUUAUGUCGUGAUCCAUGUUUACAAAUGAAUGCAUUAAAGGAUAUGAGCUGGGAUAUGUCACAAUGGUUACCCAUUAUUGAUGAUCGAAGUUUCUUACCGUGGCUUGUGAAAGUACCAUCGGAACAUGAACAAUUACGUGCACGACAAAUUACAUCCAAUCAAAUUGCAAAAUUGGAAGAAUUGUGGCGCGAGAAUCCAUUAGCUACGGUUGAAGAUUUAGACCGACCUGGUAUUGAUGAUGAACCUGUGAAAGUCUCACCGACCUAUGAUGAUGGAUAUCAGUAUCAGAAUAUUUUUGGACCCUUGAUCAAGAUGGAAUCUGACUAUGAUAAGAAAAUGAAGGAAUCUCAAACCCAGGAAGGAGUUAUGGUUCGUUGGGAUACUGGUCUCAAUAAGAAGCGCAAUGCUAUUUUUACGUGUUCAAGACCCGACUCGGAUUUGAGACUAGUUCCGGGUGAUGAAAUUCGCCUACGUUUGGGACCGACUGCAAGCAUGUUGUAUGGAAAAGACUGGGAAGGUACGGGUCAUGUCCUCCGAUUAGAGGAGUCCGAAGUCGCACUUGAGAUGCGUAGCAACAAUGUGCCACUGGAAAUUGCAGACGGGUACCUGGUAGACUUUGUCUGGAAAUCGACAUCAUUUGACCGCAUGCAGGCCGCCAUGAAGACCUUUGCAGUGGACGACACGUCACUGACAGGGUACUUGUAUCACAAGAUAUUAGGUCAUGCCGUUGACGUGCAGCCUCUUCGCAUUCCGCGCUCUGUAGGCACGCAUUUUUCGGCCCCUGGACUACCUGAGCUGAAUCCGCCACAAAUGGAAGCAGUGAAGGGUGUCCUGGAGCAGCCUCUGAGCUUAAUCCAAGGCCCUCCUGGCACGGGCAAGACCGUAACGUCGGCUUCCAUCGUCUUUCACAUGUCGAAGCAGAACAUGGGCCAGGUGCUGGUGACAGCGCCUAGCAACAUCGCUGUGGACCAUCUGACGAUGAAGAUUAGUGCGACGGGACUUCGCGUGGUUCGUCUUGCGGCUAAAAGCCGCGAGGCCGUCGCCUCUUCGGUCGAGCACCUGUCUCUGCAUGCAAUGAUCAAGUCGCUGGACUCACCUGACAAGGCUGAUUUGCGCAAACUUAUGCAAUUGAAGGAUGACCAGGGUGAAUUGUCGUCGCAGGACGAAAAACGUUUUAAGUCCUUGAAACGCCAGGCAGAGCGCGAAAUCCUGCAAGCUGCAGAUGUUAUUUGUACGACAUGUGUUGGUGCGGGUGAUCCUCGACUGUCUAACUUUCGUUUCCGCCAAGUACUAAUUGACGAGGCUACCCAGGCUACGGAACCUGAGUGUCUGAUUCCGAUUGUUCAAGGUGCUAAGCAUGUGGUGAUGGUAGGUGAUCACCGUCAGUUAGGACCUGUCGUCAUGAACAAAAAGGCUGCGAAUGCAGGGCUAAACCAAUCGCUUUUUGACCGUCUCCUGCUGCUCAACCAUCGUCCAUUUCGCUUGCGUGUGCAGUAUCGUAUGCACCCGUUUUUGUCCGAGUUCCCCUCUAACCAAUUUUACGAAGGUGAGCUACAGAACGGUGUGUCUGCAAGUGAACGUCAGCUUUCCAGUGUUGACUUUCCGUGGCCGAAUCCGAACAAGCCGACAUUUUUUUACAUUUGCCUGGGCGCAGAAGAAAUUAGUUCGUCUGGUACGAGUUACUUGAAUCGCACGGAGGCAAGUAAUGUGGAGAAGAUUGUUACGAUAUUCCUGAAGGCCGGGGUGAUGCCGUCGCAGAUCGGUGUUGUUACACCGUAUGAGGGCCAGCGGGCUUACGUGGUUAGUUACAUGCAGCGCAAUGGAUCUAUGCGCUCUCAGCUCUAUAAGGAUGUGGAAGUGGCGAGCGUGGACUCGUUUCAAGGCCGAGAAAAAGAUUUGAUCAUUCUUUCCUGCGUACGCUCAAACGAGAAUCAGGGUAUUGGUUUCUUAAGUGACAAGCGCCGUCUGAAUGUGGCUCUAACGCGUGCGAAGUAUGGUGUCAUUGUUCUGGGCAACCCACGGGUGUUGGCAAAGCAAUCGCUUUGGAACAUGUUGCUGAAUCACUACCGUGAUAAUCAACUCAUUGUUGAAGGGCCACUGAACAAUUUAACGCCUUCGCACAUGCAGUUCCCUCCACCGCGACACCAGGGCCGUGGUGUUCCUCGUAAUGGUGUCGGAUCGGGUCGUCAACGUGACCCCGUGCCUUCUCUGGAUUCGCGCUUUGAUCCACGCUAUGACCAUUCAGGAGUGUCUCCGUCGGACUUGCUUGGGACCGGUGUGGUGUCACCGCCUACAUCACAGCAGCGUGGAGGUCCACGUCGUGGGCCACACGUGUAUGCUGCUGGAAGUAUGGGUCCAUUAUCCCAGGACGGCAUGACUCAAUCUUCAAUUGGAAUGGAAGGACCAUUUACGCAGGUGGCACAGACACAGUCUUUCAGCCAAAUAUCAAGUGACAAGUUUGGAAUGUCACAAGAUAGUUUUGGGUACGAGCACGAUUUCAAGUCGCAGAAUAUUCCGAUGUCGCAAGAUACUCGUAACGACUUUUAUUAA